AUGGCACACACGGAGCCUGACAGCGGUUGCGAGAGCUGGGAGCCGGAGGGGGUGGAAGUCUGUCCUUGGUGCCGGGAAAAAUCAGGCGGUGUACCUGGAGAGGUGCAGCCCAGCCUGGCAGAGCCAGCCGCGGGGCAGCGACUGCGGAGGGCACAGGACUUUGCAAUUUAUAAUGGAAAUAUUUUCAAUAUCACAGGUAACCACAGAAAUAAAGGCCGUAGACAUUGUUCUGUGUUUCAUGGACUGAGCACAACUCAUGCUUCCACCGAGUUCCUUUACAACUGUCACAUAUUUUCUCUGCAGAUUAAGGAUAUAGAAGUCCUCAACUGUGAAUAUGGCAAGAACACAAUUAAGUUCCUUCGCCUUCACAGAGAAGGGAAGAAGCACUUCGUUAAAGAAGUAGAAGUGUGCACGCAUCUCCGGCUGACUUCUGCUCAUGAGUACCUGGAUGGAAACAACUCUCUUGUGAUACCUACAGACACCAUAAAGAAUACUGUCCUUGUCCUGGCCAAAAAAAAUGGGAUCCCCACUUUAGAACAAUUUGCUAUAGAUAUCUGCAAACACUUCAUGACAACAUUUUGCCAAGUGGCGUACGUCAAAACCUACGUUCAGGAAGUACCAUGGCAACGUCUACACGAGAAUGGCGUUCCCCACAUCCACUCGUUCAUAUGCGUUCCUGAUGGCAUCCGCUUUUGUGAAGCUGAGCAGUGCCGAAACGGUCCUCUGGUUGUUUUUGCUGGAAUUAAAGAUCUGAAACUUAUGAAGACAACCCAGUCUGGAUUUGAAGGCUUCUAUAAGGAUGAAUACACCACACUUCCUGAAAGGAAGGACAGGAUUUUAUGUGGAGAGCUCUUCUGCAAAUGGUCAUAUGGCGAAUGCAAGGAUUUUGACUUUGACUGCAUAUGGAACAAAAUCCGUGAAUGUAUCCUUGAAGCCUUUUCUGGGCCACCUGACUGUGGGGAAUAUUCACCUUCUUACCAGAAAACUGUCAACAGUAUCCAGAUGCUCGUCCUUUCCAAAGUGUCACAGGUACAGGUCAUAGAAGUCGUCUUGAACAACACUUUUUACAAUGUCGUAGACAUGAAGAAUCUAGGCUUGACGAACGACAAAGAAGUUCUGGUUCCAGUGGAAACUCCCUACGGCUCCUGCGCUUGCACGCUUGGCAGGAAGAAGUUCUUAGAAGCACAAGGCCAUGUUCUAAAAGACGAGAGGCAAAGUCAGUUUGGACUGGCAACUGCCCAGGGAAACUAAACCUCUUGGCUACACUCACACCUUCCUGAUAACAGUAUGGCUUUCCUAUCAACGUAUACUCCUUAUUGGCCUCUUCCAUUGCUGACUACGUUUCCCUCUAUGAACUCCUGAGGUUGGGACUUCUGAAGGACCCUCA